GGUAAUUCAAAAAGAAUCGGUAUUUAUGCUAAUACCAGAGUUAAUUAGAGCUGGCUGGUAGCCAGGUAGACACAUAACCCUGCGAGUAUUCCCCCGCUAAGCUGAAAUCAGGUGUGCCUGCUGCCAUAUGGCCACACGACGUAUGAAUCAUAUUUGAAUUAUACGUGCGUAUACGUGAUUUUUUCCCAACUUGUGGCAACGUCGUGUGAAACGAAACGGGAAGCGGGAAGGCGGCAAUAAGCUAAUUAUGCGGCUGCUUUAAAUAUUUUUCACUUCGUCCGCUUUCGUUAUAAUUUCAAGUUUUCUUUUUAGUUGUUGUUGUCGUUAACUGUCGUCUCAUUAAUUAAACGGACGUGGAACGUCGCCAUUACUAGAGCCGAAGAAAAAUGAUUUGGCAAGUGUGCGCAGGGCCUGCCCUAAUAAUUUUGGCAUUAGCUUUUUAGUUCAUUUCAAAUUUUUUAGUUAAUGGCAUUGCUGACAGAAAGAUGAUCCCAAAAUAAACGCAAGACGAGCAUUUUUUCAAAUUUCACAAUGCAUUUAACACUGAACAUAUGUGCAGGGACAUAGAUACACUUUUUCUUAUUUCCCAAUGUCUGCGUUUCCUGUCGCGUGGCAAGCUCGCUUUUUGAUUUAUCUUUUCACCGAUGCUCGUGCGGUUUUGUCUUUGGAUUCAACAUAGACGCAUACGUACAGACACUUAGCUUCCGCAGAAGCUACAACAACAACAUGUUGUCCGGGCUGUGGCCUAAAUAUUCUAUUUGCAGGCCCCAUUUUCAUAUUUAUUUGUUCUGCGAUGCGGUUGCAUCUGUCAGAUGCAGAAAUAAAAAGUCGAGAGCAGCGGUGCGUUUCAUAUCAAUGGGAACAAGUUUUCCUUUACGAGACUAGUAAUGGAGUUCUGUAUUUUGUGAUUUUCGGUUAGCAAGAAUUUUUUAUAGUACUGCUUCUUUUUAACGCAUACCAAGUACUUUUCUUGCUGUGCAUCCGCAUAUCGCAGAAGUUAUUAUACGAUCUGCUAAACAAUAAACACAAAACUUCAGCCGCUGCCCUUUUGGCCAUUUGGAAGCGUUUUGCUAAACAUUUUUAGAACUAUGCCGUACGCUGGCACACAAACAUUGCAUAUAUAUAAACCCGUCUAUAUGUCGGUGCCUCUGCUUAAUCGGCCAAAAACGAGGAACGUAUAAAACCGUCAUAAGAAUCGGAGCGCAAAGUUCUCUGGCCAGCAUAUGGGAAAAUUUGUUGUUCAAUGUGCGUGUGCAUGUGCGUUUCUCUAGCGAAUUUUCCCAAGCAGCUUUUCCUUGGCGUUCAGUUUGAGUUGGAUCGCCGUUGGCUACGUGCGACGCCGCCUGGUCUUUUCCGAUAUUUUAUAAUUAUUUUUUAAUUGCCGCGUCUUUCCUUACGUUGCGUUCGUGUUCCUUUGUCUCUAGUGUUAAAUAAGAAAAAUCCACUGAAUGUGGAAUGAAAUAAUAAUAAAAAUAAUAAUGAAAUAAUCGAAGUAAGCUCGCGAAAGGCACGCACACACGCUAUAUAAGUGAGAAUUCACUGGCUGAGCUUGUCAUUAACUCCUCGACAUUACGCAUACGCAGCGUGUGCUGCAAGUUCUAUGCGGUUAUCCAUCCGAAAUUGCGUAAUUCUCUGUUUGGAUAGUCAGCUCUGCACUCAGUUUCUCAGAAUUCUUUUUGGGGUCAUCUUGCAAUUUUGGCGUAACGAAAAAUAAAUCUUGUUAAAAAUAAAAUCACAUAAAUUUAGAAACACGAAUCUUACAAAAGCUAAGAAAAACCGAAAGUGUUUUCGUUCCGCCCCAUCCAUUUGCUAACCCCCGCGACUAUAGUGUGUGUGCGUUUUUGUCGAAUGAAGCUAAAAAUAGUGAAAACAAAAAAGCCAAAUUAAUAUAGUUCAAACUGAGUGUAACGAAUUUUACGGUUUAUUAAAACGAAAAAAAGAAUUAACUAAAAAGUGGUGUAAAAAAUACAGGAUUUGAAAAAAAAACCCGAGAAAUUCAUAUCAUUAUAAACAUUAAAAGAAUUGCUUGAAUUCGCCUAAAUUGUAUACAAUUCCAAGGAAAAGUUUUAAAAAUUAUAAACAAUGUGUGGGGAUGUUACCACAAAUUGUUGAUAUAAAAUUACCUUUAAACAGUUGGAAUUCAACAGGCAUUUAAGCCUUUAAUAUAUAGCAUUUAUUCAAUGUUUGGUCGACAAUAGGAACUAUCAAAGCGGCUUCUCGAUAUUUUUAGCAGGAAUAUAAAUUUUGUGUGUGACGUAUAUACAUUUAUAUAUAUUUAUAUAUGUAGUAUAAAGUGCGUGAGUGUAUUUAUGUGAAUAUAUCGAUGGCACCUUGAUCCACAACAUAACCACAGCCAAAAUGUGUUCAUGCCACGAUCGCAAAACAAGUGUUUAGGGAGUUAUGAGCACGCCCACGCCCACCCCGGGGGCGGUUCAGGGCCAGGAGGUUCCACUGCCCCAUGAACUGACCGCCGAGUGGACCGUGCGAGCACAUCUAACUUUUGCCCGAGCUGGUGAAACGGUGCAAAAGGAGUUCAGUGCUCCGGAGACUGUGCAUCCGAUGCGCGUGGUCUAUAAGUGGUGUACGCCCUGCGAGGACCCAGAAACAGAACAGGAUGUGGACAAGACAGCGGCUACUGCGGGAACCAGCUUCCGUUCCACAAACUCCUCGGCCACCACCAAUGCGGAUUCGGCAUUUGGCAGUCCACAUGCUUCGAGAGCGCUUAACAAACCACCUGUGUCCACUGAUUGCGCCGCUCCUCUGGGAGCCACUGCCCAAGUGUGUGGAACCCGCUGCCGCAGCACCUGCAACAUUAUGGUGUCCGCGGUGGCAGAUUUCUUGCCUCAGGAGGCGGGAACCGGGUCAGCGAAUGAGCCCUUUGUGUACCACAGCAAAGUGCGAGCACAGCAGCUAAAGGAUGCCUUCUCCCAGACAAGCGACACGGAGGAGCAGCCAGCCAAGAGACGUCCAGCUUAUGAGCAACGAAGGGCCACCACCGAAGCACUGAUGAAUUUUGCCAGCAAGCGACAAGCGGAGGAGGCUAACACCUAUGUGCCAACCUAUUCGCCCACGCCCACAACACCUUCGUCUACAUUUAAGUCGGCAUCGAUGUCGAGAAUUCCACCGCUAGCUGGCAACAUAAGCCAAGGAACAGCUCCUAAGAUACCCAAUUUGGGCGAGAAGAAACCCCGCACUGUUCACAUCGAUGUCUACUGCACUGGUUCAGAGGGAGAUGAGGAGGAGGAAGCCGAUGAUGAGAGGCAGGCAGAUGAAGAGCCCUCCAGCUCCUCCGACUCCGAGCUGGCUGGUAGCAAGCGAUACGAACUGGACUCGAAUUCCACCCCUCAAACCGUGCUGGACAAUGAGCAGAUGCUACUGCGCCAUCAGAGAAUCUCUGGGGGAGCUAUGCCCAGGCGUUUGGCUCAGAAUCAGGGGAAAAACAAAGUGGGAAACCAGCAGCAAGGCAAUCUAAAUUUGGGUCAUGCCAUUACAAAGUGCAGCACAGCCGAGGAAGUGUGCGAGUCCAAGCAGUUGCUUUUCCGCAAACACAUUGGUGAUCAGCGGGCGGCCAAAUUGGCCAAUUUACGCCAGAAAUACAUGCGCCAGCCCAGCGAUGAGACCAUCAGCAGCACAUACCCUAACUCCUCGAGAUCUACGAUGCCAAGGGAUGCCACCUGCAGCAGCAUUUCCAGUGCCGUGGGAGGAACGGAUUGCGUGGAUUCAUCCUGGAAGGAUACAGACGAUAUAGAUACACCAUUAGCAUCUUUUGGCUUGACCAAAUCCGAUAGCUUUGACUAUGAGAACUCGCUUGAUCGCCUGCGGAUAAGCCAGAUGGAGCGCCUUUGGUCCCGUCAGCACUCUUUGGACCAGGGUCACGCACAAACCCAUCUGGGAGCACCAACCCCACAUGCCUUGCAGACAAUCACGGAGGUGCAGUCGCAACGAAGUUCCUUUCAGCGAAGCGAUACCAUACCCUCGGAAUCGGAUGGCUUCUCCGAUGCCAAUGGAUUCAAUACCUAUCCGGGAAGGCAGUCGCAAUUGCAGCAGAUCUCGCACUUCCCUCGUAAUCGGCCUGGUUUUCUGCAGUUCUUUGGACCCUCCGGUGGUCCCGACGUUGUAGCACAACCCACUCCGCCAGCCACUGCACCUGUUCAACCCGCUGCGUCCGCUACUACCGAUCCCUUUCGUCUGCUCCACCCGAGUUUUCGAUGGAAGAGCGAAGCGCGCGAUAACCUAAGCGUGCAGGUUGCUUCCGGAUCACCCUCUUCCGAGCGUAGUUCGCCACAACUCCUGUCCACUGCGACCACAGUGGUGCGUUGUGGCAGUGAGGCGCCGCCAAGCACCACCUCCGCUAGUACUUUUGGGACCGCAGUGACGCCUUCGCCAAUUGCAGUGCGGCGUUUUGAAAUCUCACGCGACAGUCCAAGUCUCGCAAGUGAAGCAUCCACUUCCGUUUCCGGGUACACCCACGAGCAUUUGGAGAAGGCGCGUCGCUUCGGCAACGUUGUGGCCAUGAGAAAACCCGGCCAUCAUGUAGGACCCACCAAGAAUCCGAAUUGUCAAUGCGAAAGCUGUCAGCGUUGGCUGGCCGAGAGGUUUCAGCUGCGCGGAAGAGCCUUCUCUCUAGGCGAGAAGCCCUUAUUAAGACGUCCACAGCUAUAAAAUCACUUCGGGCUCACUUUUCUUUGUCUUAGGCUUGCAUUUAACACAUUGCUUUUCAGAUUGAUACGCUCCCUAUUAACCCAACACCCAAAUCCGAACCUAAAUCCAACUUUAUUUCCGAUUAGUUGUAAGCCAUGUAAGCGAAUGUUCCUCACGCAAAACACAAUUUGUGCGCUGAAUCAAUUUAAUGUUGUAAUAAAAUAAAGCAAUAGUUUUAACUAGAAA